ACAUCUCCUGCGAUACGUCCCAGUUCAGUUCGUCUCUACCAACUCUACCAAUUCCAAGCUCCCACCUUCGUCCAGCGCCAAGAAAUGUUGUCCCUGGCGAGCGUUAAAUUCCUCCAAAUCCCAUCUCCCCGUCCGUCGAUUCCGUCGAGAUCCCACAACCCCGCACCGCAUCUUCAGUUCCCUCCUCGACCCGGACUCUUAUCUCGCAACCAAUCGCCAUUGAAGACGCCCUUGAGAGCUUCGAGCUCGAGCGCACCAGCUGGGUCCUCCUCUUCUUCUUCUUCUGCUUCUCCUCCUCCUCCUCCUCCUCCUCCUCCGGGACUCUACUCUGCCCAGAAGUUCGAGCUCACGGCCGGGAACGUCGACUUGGUCCUCGAGGACGUCAGGCCUUACUUGAUUGCCGAUGGUGGGAACGUCGACGUUGUCUCCGUUGAAGAUGGCGUCGUUUCUCUCAGGCUCCAAGGGGCAUGUGAGAGCUGUCCCAGUUCAACCACCACGAUGCAGAUGGGAAUUGAAAGGGUACUUAAGGAAAAAUUCGGUGACGCAGUCAGAGAGAUCUGUCAGGUAUAUGAUGAUGAAGUGAGGGAGACUACUGCUGAGGCAGUGAAUCGCCAUCUGGACAUAUUGAGACCAGCUAUUGCAAAUUAUGGCGGAAGCGUCGAGGUGUUGUCUGUUGAGGCCGGAGGCUGCCUUGUAAAGUACAUGGGACCUGAGUCCAUUGGGUCUGGGGUCAAAGCAGCAAUCAAGGAGAAGUUCCCUGAUAUUACUAAUGUUGUGUUCACUGGCUAGCUUGCCACAAAUGCUAGAUUACACAAUAUAGAUGGAUUCCUGCUGAGGAUAUCAAUGUCACAAUGGACAUACGGUCGGUGAUGC